AAAUUUCUCUUAUAGUUUUUUUACAAAUUCCCAAUAUGCUUCUCUUCAAAAAUAUUUCCCCCCUUAAUACUAGGGAACAUACUUAUAAUUUAUUUUCUCAAAAUCAUGGAAACCAUAAAAAAUCAAGAAAAAAUUUAUGUUACAUGAAAUAUGAAAAUUUUGAGAAAAAAUAUUAUCAACCCAAAGUAGUCACUAACGUUGAAGCCAUAACUAUGGAGAAUGAAAAAGAAAUUAUAUCUCAAAAAUCCAAUAAUGGUAUAGGAAUUGUUAAUUUUUUUGAAGGAAAAAACAUUCUUGUUACUGGUGCCACAGGGUUUCUUGCAAAAGCUUUAAUUGAAAAAAUGUUGAGAACAACACCAAAGGUAAAUAAAAUUUAUUUACUCAUCAGGGCAAAGGACAAAGAAGCUGCAUUUCUUAGAUUAAAAAAUGAAAUUAUGGAGUCAGAAUUAUUCAACCUAGAAGAAAUGCACGGUGAAUCCUACAGAUUAUUCAUAAAAAAUAAAUUGGUUCCUAUAGUUGGAAAUAUAUAUGAACCAAAUCUUGGUAUGGAUAUUAUUAUUUCUCAAAAAAUUGCUCAAGAAAUUGAUUUGAUUAUUGAUUCUGCAGCCAUCACUACAUUUGAUGAGAGGUAUGAUUUAGCUCUUGAUGCUAAUGUGAAUGGUCCAUAUCAACUCAUGAUGUUUGCAAAGAAAUGCAAGAAACUUAAACUUUUAAUGCAUUAUUCUACAGCAUAUGCCAAUGGAGAAAGAGAAGGGAUAAUAUUGGAGAAGCCUUUUACUAUGGGAGAAAGUAUAACAAAGGAGAAAAUUACUUCAAUUUCUCCAUUUAUUGAAUUUCCAUCAUUGGAUGUUGAAAAUGAAAUGGGCUUAAUUUCAAAAUUGAAGAAAAAUAUUAAAAACAAUUGCUUGGAUCAAAUAAUGAAGGAUUUAGGACUUGAAAGGGCAAAGUUAUAUGGAUGGCAAGAUACAUAUACAUUCACAAAGGCAAUUGGUGAAAUGUUGAUAAAUAGUAUGAGAGAUGAAAUUCCAAUACUUAUUCUUAGACCCUCCAUAAUAAUAAGUAGCUAUAAAGAGCCAUUUCCAGGAUGGAUACAAGGAUUCAGGACAAUUGACCCAUUAAUCUAUUUCUAUCAAAAGGGUGAUCUCCCUUGCAUUCUUGGUGAUCCUAAUGGUCUUGUUGAUUUAGUUCCUGUUGAUAUGGUUGUGAAUGCAACAAUGGCUGCUAUUGCAAAAUAUGGAUAUUUGCAAAAUCCAGAACUAAAUAUUUAUCAUUUGACAUCAACAUUUACGAAUCCAGUCUCAUUUUCUCAAAUUUUUGACUAUUUUUAUGAUUUUUUCAAAUUAUUUCCUUUUGUUAAUUCAAAAGGAGAUACAAUCGAGGUUAAAAAAGUGAGAUUUUUCGACAAAAUAUCAGAUUUUGAAAAUUAUAUUUGGGAGGUACUAUCCAAGCAGCAUGAAGUACAAGAUGAAAAAGAGGUUGCAAAGAUUCAAAUGCGAUUUAAAAGGAAGGUGAAAUAUUUGAAGCAUAUUACCAAACUCUAUGAACCCUACAUGUUCUACAAAGGCUGGUUUCACAAUGGCAACAUGCAAAAGCUAAUGGGAGAUAUGUCUGAAGAAGAAAAAAUAAGCUUUGAAAUUGAUGUGACAAAAAUUAAUUGGAGAAAUUAUUUUGUAAAGACUCAUAUUCCUGGUUUACAAAAAUAUGUACUUCAAGGGAAAAAAAUUAAUUAAUUCUUGUAAGAGGAAGUCAAAAAAUUAGAAAAUGUGAA